AUGAAAAGAGGACCUAACACUCAUGAGAAAGGAGGAGUGAAUCAGGGUGGAAACAAGAAAGUGAAUAGUAACACCAACUUCACUAAUCUCAAUACUAGGCAGAACUUUGACAAGAAUAGAUCAGGUAGACACCCAGGACCUAAAGAUGGAUAUUACAACUGUGGGGAAAAUCAUUAUGCUUCAAAAUGUCCACAAUAUACCACUUCUCAAAGAGGAGGAAAUCAACAAGGAGCUUCACAACAUCAGAUUCGUGCAAUGGUUGACAAUCGCCAGGCUGAUUUUCAGGCUUCACCUAUCCAUAUGACUAGUAAGAUUUUUGGUCAAUCAGUUUCUAUUUUGAUAGAUACAGGAGCUACUAAAUGCUUUAUUAAUCCUAAAGUAGUUUCUAUAUUAUCUAUUAGACUUGGUUAUAUGUCAAAUACAUGGAUGGUUCAAUAUGGAAAUCAAGCAGAGAAGAGGAUAGAUUCAUGUCUAUUUUGCAGUGAUUUUGAGCUUCCUUGUUUCCAAACUCAGGUUAAUCUAUAUGUGACACCACUAGGAUCGUAUGAUGUAAUCUUAGGUAUAAACUGGUUAAUUAAGCACAAAGGUGUAGUAAACUGUGAGGAUAAGGUUGUUAGUUGUAUAGAUGAUUUUGGAAAUUUAGUUGAGAUUUUUGGGUCUCAAAAGCCUUUUAAAUUGAGACACAUCUCAGCUAUGCAACUCAAGAAAGCCCAAAGGAAGGGAUGUUCCAUCUUUUCUAUCAUUGUAAGUGAUGUGGAUAAUUCUAAGAAGAGCCCUAAGGAUUAUGUAGUUCUUAGAGAGUUCUUGGAUAUUUUUCCAGAAGACCUUACUAAGUUACCACCAAAAAGGGAAUUUGACUUCUCUAUAGAAAUAUUACCUAGAACUAAGCCACAAUCCAAGGCUCCAUAUAGAAUGACUACCACAUAA